AUGUUGGACAGCAACAUCGCUCGUGGUGAUGGGAUUGAGAAUAGUGGCGCAUCGACUGGAUUUAUUGAACUUGGGAUUUUCCAACAGGCUCUCCGUGAGAGCAUAGCUUACACCAACUCUACGACUCAAAAGAAGACAUGGGAAGAAUAUCUCCAAAACAGCACAUUGAGUGCCGUGGCUUCCCUCUCCAACGCCACUGCAAAUGCUGGCCUACCCCUGGAUCGUCUAAGCAUUGGCACCUCAAUGAUCCACCUAUAUGAAUCGACGAAAGACGAAGCCUACCUCCCAGCCAUCCGUGCUCUUCAAGACUCCGUCCUGCAACAACCUCGCAACGCCAACGGCGGCCUCUGGUACUACCAGAACCGAAACAACCUCACUGCAUACCACAACCUCUCCUACGCAGACGGAAUGUUCUCCUUCCCACCCUUCGCCAUCCUCUCCGCCAACCACUCCUCCGCGGACGUCAACUCCUUCGGCGCCGAAGCAGCCCUAAUCCAACUCCAAACCCUCUACAACAUCUGCAAAGACUCCUACGGCCUCCUCGUCCACGGCUACGACGCCUCCAAAGACCACGCCUGGGCCAACAAAGAAACCGGCGCAAGUCCCGCCGUCUGGGGCCGCGCCUUAGGCUGGUACACCCUGGGCCUAGUAAACACCCUCUCCCUCCUCUCCCCCUCCCACCCAACCUUCCCCGCCCUCAAAAACCUCUACAACUCCCUCAUCCGCGCCCAACUCACCGCCUCCGACCGCUCCCUCGCCAUCGAAGGCUCCUACGGCGUCUGGCAGAUCGUCGACCACCCCGGCGCGACGUUCGGCGACCACGCGAACUUUGUCGAAGCGAGCGCGAGCUGUCUGACGGCGUACAACCUCCUGCGUGGGGCGCGAGAGGGCUGGAUCGAGGAUGAGAGUGUCAAGGAACGGGCGGUUUUGGCGGGCGUGGGCAUUUUUCAGAAUGUGAUUUACGAGUUUUUGGUGGAGAAUGGGGAUGGGACGGUGGGGUUGAAUGGGACGAGUACUGUGGCGACGUUGAGUGGGGAUGUGGAUUUUGUGUACUACGUCACACGGCCGACGGUGUUGAAUAGCUUGAUCGGCACGAGUGCCUUCAUCCUCGCGAGUCUGGAGGUGGAGAAGAUCUGUUAG